AUGCGGGAGGAUGAGCUGUUAUGUGAUGCAUUCUUGGCCACAAGCAUUGAUCCAAUCCAUGGCAUGGAGCAAAAGGGCACAACCUUUUGGAGGAACAUUCACAUAUGGUUCUAUGAACACAAGCAUUUCACGCCCUACUCCGACGCGGUCAUCCACAACCGUGAAUGGAAGUCCCACAACCAUCGAUGGUACAUCAUGCAAGAGGCCGUGUCCAACUAUUGCGGCCACUUGAAGCAUCUCAUCGCACGGUGGCCAAGCGGUGCACAAAUCACCGAGCAAUGUACUCGUGCUUGCGUGGUGUACAAGAAGUUGGAGAAGAAGUCCUUCACCGUCAUGCAUUGUUGGUUGGAGUUGAAUGGGCAAACGAAGUGGAACCUUUUCAUAGCCAAGACCGCCGCCCAGGCCAACGAGGAAGAAACCAGUGACCCUACCGACCCAACCCAAGAACCACCGAAGAAGAUUAGAAGAAAUUUACGGGGAAAAAAGUGGGAGGAGGAGAGGGCGAAGCGAGAAGGCGCGGUGGCCAAGCCGAUGGAGAGGUUCGAGGACAUCUUGGCGAAGAAGGAGGAGGCAUGCGUGAAGCGCUCAGACAUCAAGGAGGAGAAGAAGACGGAGAGGUUCAAACUGUUGAUGGAGGCGACGGGCAAGAAGCUCAAGCUCGAAGAGUGGAGGACCAUGAUCGAAGAGAGGAAGGUCAUGCUCGAGGAAAAUAAGGUGAAGAUCACCGCCAAUGCGGAGAAGUACAAGAUGUUUACCUUGAAUGUGGACUCUUUGGAUGUCGACGCAAGAAUCAUCGUGCAAUCCGUCCGCUACCAGAUGUUGCAGCGGCAGAAAGAUCAGUUGGCGGCAGCGGACGGCGACACCACCUUGAACGGGAAGCUGACGGCUGGGAUUGCCGGUCCGGCAGGGCAGAAAUGCGCAGGCUGUCGGACUUAUGUUCUUUUGGAUUCGGGCAUGUAA